GCGACGCUUUAUGCCCGCCUUAUCGCUAAGGCGCUCUAAAAGACCCUCAGACGCUUUCGUCGCCUUACCGCCUUAAAAACUAUGAUGGACACAUGCAUAGUUCAAGAGAUUCUCCUAUUCAGGUUUGAUUGCCUGAUCAGGAUUGAUAUUUGCUGGGGCUGAUCCUUUCCCAGAUGAGUUGCCACAGGUGGAUCACGAUCAUCCAAUCCUUUAAAUGGGAUUGUCUGAGGACAUUCCAACCACUGAUCCUAUCUUUGGGAUGAUGAGUGGGUUUGAUUGCCUUAUCAAGAAUGAUAUUGGCUGGGACAUAUCCCAGGUGAAUCGUCUGAUCCGCAUGUGGAUCAUCCAAUACUUUAAAUGGGAUUUGAUGGGGGCAAUCCAAUCCCUGAUCCAUCGUUGGAACCUUGAAUGAGUUCAUACGUUGGUGAAAAUUUUCACAUUAAAGCUAUCAGGAAUGGUGAUAUUAUUUGCUUUUCACUUCUCUUAAUGAGCAAUAAGUAAAACGUUUCGCUUCUCACUUUCUUUUCACUGAUUUGAGUUGUACCGUCACUAAUCAUUGUUCAUUGAUGGCCAAACUUGUGACCAAAAGGAAAAUAACUAAAUAAAUAAAUUCAUGCAUUCCAUAACCUAAUUCCUUGCAAGUUACUCUUAUAAUUCAUUAUAGGAUUACCUUUUCUGUUUCUUUUGGUUCUUUGGUUUUUUAUGUUUUUCAUAUUUCUACUCUUGCUGCAAAGUGCAAUAGUUUUGCUUUGCCAUUACUGUUUCUGCAUUGCGCUUUGCUUUUGUUUUCCAUUGCUGCAUGUGUGUUUUUUUUUCCUCUCCAUAUACUGCCUCUGGUUUGCUGUUGUAUCUCAUCUGUGAUUUCUUGCAAUAUGUGGUCUUCUGUUAUGAUGAAAGAAUAUUUUCUAUCAAGAUAUUGUGGCUUCAUUUUUAUGCUACCAAUGACAAUGCUUCUCUGAAUUAAUGGACUUCCAAAAUCUAGGUCUUACAUAUACCAAGUGUAUACAAGUUGCGGAAAAUGUGAAGCUCCCCAUAAGUGCCCCUGGUUGCAAUUGCAAAGGUACCUGUGUUGAUACAAAGACUUGUGCAUGUGCAAGGCUUAACGGGUCUGAUUUCCCAUAUGUGCGUCGAGAUGGAGGCAGAUUAAUUGAAGCCAAAGCUGUUGUAUUUGAGUGUGGGCCAAACUGUGACUGUGGACCUGGGUGUAUCAACAGAACAUCUCAGAGGGGAUUAAAGUAUCGAUUUGAGGUCUUCCGCACACCGAAGAAAGGGUGGGCUGUUAGGUCUUGGGAUUAUAUUCCUUCGGGUGCACCAGUAUGUGAAUACACUGGGAUACUUAUGAGAACUGAUGAUUUAGAUAGCGUCUGUGAAAACAAUUUCAUUUUUGACAUUGAUUGCUUGCAGACGAUGAAGGGGCUUGAUGGGCGGGAGAGGCGAUUGGGAGAUGUAUCAAUUCCAACCUAUCAUUCGGACACAAAUGAUGACAAGAAAUCAGACAAUGUACCUGAGUUCUGCAUAGAUGCAGGCUCUGUUGGUAAUAUUGCCAGAUUCAUCAAUCACAGUUGUGAGCCCAAUCUCUUUGUGCAGUGUGUAUUGAGUUCCCACCAUGAUAUCAAACUUGCUCGAGUGAUGCUUUUUGCUGCUGAUAACAUACCUCCUCUGCAGGAGCUUACUUAUGAUUAUGGCUAUGCCAUUGAUAGUGUCAUAGGUCCAGAUGGUAACAUAAAAAAGAUGCCAUGUUAUUGUGGUGCUGCAGACUGUCGGAAGAGGUUGUAUUAGUUGUAAUAGUUGUAGCCUACUAUGGUUAUUUAAUGGUUUCUCAUCUGAUUUCUGGCCAGUUUGCCCAGCUGUUAGUUUUGGUCAUGUAGCAACUGGAGGUUGGUAGCCCCAUUUUUGUUGUCUUCAAUCUCUUACACUUUUUCUCAUUAUCCCUUGAGGAUCAUGUAGAGUUAAUUGUUAAUUCAAAACCCUUACUGAAUUAUAGGAUCAA